GUGCCUCGGUCCAACAGUAGGCUGGGUCUGAGAAACACUGGGAGGGUUAACUUCAGAUGGAAUUUAAAUACCCUUAUAUCCGCGCGUUGCAGCCAGAGAGGGCAUGUUGAAACCAAGAUGCACUGAAUCAGAACAGACACAGAAGCGAAAUGGCACUGGGACUUAUAACCAACGCUGCGGCUGCAGUCGGCGGCCUCAUCACUGGUGUUAUGAACUAUUUCACCGACAUGUUCCUCACUCCACCACUGAAGGCAACCCUCAAACAUCUGGAGGAGACUGAACUCCAAACUCUGAAGGGAGAAACAAGGAUCAUAAAAGCAAAAACUCUGUGGGAGAGGUCUGGGGCUGUCAUCAUGGCAGUGCGGAGACCUGGAUGAUUUUUGUGCAGAGAGGAGGCUGCAGAGCUGUCCUCUCUGAAGCCUGAGCUGGAUGAGCUCGGGGUCCCUCUGUACGCAGUGGUGAAGGAGGACGUCGGCACCGAGGUCCAGAACUUCAGACCGUACUUCAAGGGGGAAAUAUUCUUGGAUGAAAAGAAGCGUUUUUAUGGGCCCCGUGAGCGGAAGAUGGGUCUGCUUGGGUUCCUGCGUGUGGGGGUGUGGAUGAACGGCCUGAGGGCCUUAAGGAAUGGCUUCAUGGGGAAUGUUUUGGGAGAGGGCUUCGUCCUCGGUGGAGUCUUUGUCAUCGGACGAGGACAGCAGGGCAUACUGCUUGAGCACAGAGAGAUUGAAUUUGGAGAUAAAGUCAACACUGAAGAUGUAAUCCGAGCUGCCAGAAGAAUAUCACAAGAGCCUCUGCCUUUAGAGAGGAAAUAAUACUUUGAUAUGAAUCUCAUAUCUGUAAAACACAGAGAGUUUAGAACAGUAUAAAUGACAUCCGGCUCUACGAAUGAUUAUAUUAAUGCUAAAGUUUGUGAGAAAAGAAUCUUUGUAAAGUGCACAUUAGGUGUGUGAGUUUGUUGGUGUACUGGUCUCAGUUGGGGGGGACCAAGAUGCAUUCUGAGGUGUAACUGCGUAGUUUGAGGCUCUGAGUGUGUUAAUGAUAGUCUGUCUUUAAACUCUUGAGAGGGAGCAGACCUGAUAUCUAACACUCAGUUGCCUGUAUUACUCUGUGAUACUGAUGUGCUAUCUUGGGAGCCAAGAAACUCUGACCUUUGACUAAUAAAACACGGCUUUGUGCUCUACA